GGGGACCAAAAUUCUUGCUAGGGCAAAUGGGCAACCUUCUCUUUGCAUUUUAGCGGCGUGAAAUUCACUGAGGAUUAACCCAAUGGCGUGGGCAGGUGCAGCUCUUUCAAUUCUCAUAGAUUACAGAGUUGACAAAAACAGAGCCUCCCUGCCCGAAGCGGUUGCUAUGACCCAAAACCUUGUUAUCUGCGAUUAAGCACCCUUCUUCCCCAUUUGGACCACCACCAUCUCCACUCCCUUCAAAGCCUUCUCUCUCUCUCUCUCUCUCUCUCUCUCGCUCUCUCUCAUGGAAAGACCACCAACAGAGCACUAGUUUUUCCAAAAAAAUGGCAGUUAUACUCGGUGUAGUUCAGUGUAGCCUUUUCGGCUAUGGCCCAUAUGUGACACCCCCAAAGGUUAUAAACCAACCAAAACCAAUACAUGACACCUUCUGCAUAUCUUUGUCUUGAAGAGCUCUGCUCUGUUUUUCUCUGUUGUUAUCAGGUUUUUUGUUCCUUUUCCCUGGUUCUCCUUCCCCCCACGUCUUGAUUUCUUCAUCUGGGUCCUCUAAUCCCUGUCCCACUGCACUUAUUUUGGCGAAAAUUAACCUUGCAAAUCCAUGCGGCUCUGCCCGCCCACCAUGUGCAAGCUCCAUUUGGUGCUCAUCAUCUGGGUCUUCUCAUCCGCCUUAUCUGGCUCUGCAUGCUGCCCUUACCACUUCGUUCGACAAGCCAAUCGACGGUUUGAGCAGAAAACCGAUCGGUUCUGGAAGUUCGAACAGCAAUCCAACAGUUGGGUCGAAGUAAAACUCCCUUUUGAUCUGGUUUCUUGCGUUGACGGAAACUGUACCAAAGUUGGCUCUAUCAGUAGAGGAGGACAAUCGGAAGAAGGUGGUAAUGUUCAUGGACAGAAGGAGAGUUUGGAGGAGAGUUCCGAUGAUGCAGUUCUGCCUCUGAGAAAGAGGAUUUCUCUGAUUAGAAUUUCUGAUACGGCAAUUUGGGUGACUGGGCCAAGUGGGUCUAUCUACCAGAGGUUCUGGAAUGGAGUGCAGUGGGUGAUUUCUCCCCAUGAUUUGCCAGCUGCUGCGGGUUACGCCGUCUCUGUUUUUCUUGUCAAUCAGACAAUUCUUGUUCUAUCCGAAACAGGGGAUCUCUACCAGCUGCGGCUAAGCGAAAGUGCAGAACCAAUUUGGGUUCAUUUCACACCAACAGCAAACGGGAGCUCAAGUCAAGAGACAGAACAAAAUCCUGCUAUCAGAAUAAAGUCAGGGGUCGUUUCUGAUGAUGGGGUGAGAGUUUAUUUCUGCACAAGGAGCGGGUCACUGCUAGAACUUACUGAGAUUGAGCCUCCAGGGUGGGUGAAUCAUGGACGGCCUGCGGGAGCAAAUGUUGCAGCAAUUGCUGAUGUUGAUACGAUUAGACCAGAAGUUGUAUUUACUGUUAGUUCAACGGGGGAUCUUUAUGAAUAUGACAGGAGCUCAAAGCCAUCAUGGAAAAAGCAUAUAUGGAGUAAAGGAUCAAUAGAAGCUGCUGCUCUGCUACCAUCCAGAGGAUGCAGUUUACUGGAUGGAGCCCAUUCCAUGUCUUUGUUUCUUUUAACAAAGGGUGGUAACUUGGUUGAGAGAAGACUGCACCAAAGGAAAUGGAAAUGGAUAAUCCAUGGAAGUCCAAAAGAUCAUCACCUGACAUCCAUCACACCAGUUUCACAAGAUAUUAAUGAAAAUUCAUAUUCGUUAUUUUUCUCAACAGCUACUGGAUCCAUUUUUGAAUAUCAAAUCCCAAAAUCUUCAGGCAGUGCUCAAGAGAACCAAAUUCAAGAGAGAUGGGUGAAUCAUAUGCAUCCGCUGAAUGCAAAAGCUGUAAGAGGUGUUGAAGGGCUGCAGCUUCAAGUUGGCAGAAUAUUGUUCCCACUGGAUGAUGGUAGGCUUGCAGAACUGCAUCUAUCUGGCCUUGGGGGUGAGAAUUCAGGCCCAACUCAUCAGGUUAAUAUUAGAAGAAAGGCAUCACUUAAGUACACAUGGUCAAUUUUAGAUGCUCCAGAAACUGAAGGGUGGAAUGCAGAGUAUUGCACAGAAGAACGUGGACCUGCAAAUUGCAUCUCAGGCAUCAAAGAUGAAGCAAAUGAGGUAAGUGCAAGAUCAAUACCUGGACGGCGAAAGAGGGGCCAAGCACAACAGAGUUACUUACCUCCUGGUGUGUCAGGUAGCAGCCCAUCUAAACAACUCGAAACAUAUAAGUUCCCAGAAAACUGGAUCAAGUCUAACUUUCGUCUGAGAUUGUUGUAUGGAGGCAGAUCAUUUUUCUUUGUAACAAGUAGUGGCUUGACUUUUGAGUGUCUUUAUGCUGAAAAUGCAUGGUUAUGGCUGAGGCAUGAGCACUCAACAGCCAUGGAAGGUGCAUUAGGAAACUACAAUGGAAGUCUAUUUUUGGUUGACAAGCAUGGGAGUUUGCUUAUCAGAGGAAGAAGAAGCAAUGAGCUAGCAUGGAUAAAUUGCACAGCUAUGAGGAAAGGUAGGCAGGUCAUCAGUGGCCCGCCAUGGGAUGCAAUUCCAGGUGAAAUUCAGAAAUUAAGGAGAGGAGACUCGCUCUUCUUUGUGAGCAAAAGUGGAAGAUUACUGCAGUUCACUGUUGCUAUGAGGAAUUUCACAUGGAAAGAUUGCCGAAACCCUCCCAAUACUAAAAUUGCAUGUAUAGUGGAUCAGGAAGUGUUUCGAGAAAACAUAGUAUUUGUAGUAGGAAGGAAUGGCCGGCUAUACCAGUAUAACAAAAUUACUGAGUUAUGGCAUGAGCACCAUCAAUCUCAGCAUCUUGUUCUUUCCAGAUUGCCUGGAACUGCCGUGAGGCCAUCAUCACUAUUGUUAUCAGGUUCUGUUUUCAUGCUUUCGGAAGAUGGUGGUCUAGUAGAGUAUCACUGGAAUCCACUGGAUGGUUGGAAUUGGGUAGAACACGGAACACCAGAUAAAAGUGUGACUUUGGUUACUGCACCUGGACCAUGCUUUGAAGGUAACCACUUGUUUUUGAUUGGUUCAGAUGGUAAAGUGUACCUUAGAUAUAUGGAUCAAACAACAUGGAAAUGGAAGAACCAUGGUUUUCCAUGUGUAGAAAACUUGGUUGUUGAAGAUGAAAGACGGAUGAAAUACGGGAAUGAAGAAAUUUGCAUUGAUGGAGAUUUUGCAGCCAGAUUGGAGAAAGUGGAAGAAAACAUAAAAGACCUUGAUGGUAAAUGUGACCAAAAGGUGGCAUCUGUACGGCCAAUUCCAUUUUCUAAUAAUUCGGUGCUGUUCGAGCUAAGAGAUGGCAGAUUGGCAGAAAUGCAGAGAAUGGAAGACUCACAAUGGACAUGGAGGCAAAUCAUUGGCACUCCAAUAAGCUCAUGCACACAAAAUUAUUGGAUGGCUUUAGCAUCCUGAAACCAAUUAUACUCUCUUUCAGAUACAUCUGAAGCACAAACACAAGGCUCAUAGUCAUACACAUGAACUCACCAACUUCCUUACCUGUAAAUUAUUAUACAGUACAUGACUAAUAACCCAUACUGAAGAAGAUUUGUAAAUAGCAACCCCCACCCCAUCUUCCCUCAUUUUCUUUCCAUGAUCCGUAAGGGGGGUACGAGGAAGAACAUUUAUGUGAACGAGAAGUUUCCUCAACAUUUAUGUAAUACAGGUAUUUAAUGUACAUGUUACAUAUGCUCUGAGCAGGACUGCAAAUUCCAAUCCACGUGUAUAUAUCCCAA